ACCAGUCCCUCGCGGCGUCAUGUGACUUGUCCAUGUGAACCUGAUGAAAACAUGGCGUCGAGGAUAAACAAGAUGUGUCCUGUGUGGAGUUUCAGCUCAGUGUCUGUGGUCGUGUACGUGUUGAGUUCACUGUGUGUCCGAGCGGAGAUAAAGUCCGCGGUGAUCGACGCGCAGAGCGGGGAUCUGUGUGUGCGGGACGGGUUUCACCAGGACUUCGUGGCCUGGGCCAACUUCACCGAUGACAUCCAAACAUCAGGCUGGUCUUUCUUGGAGGUCACUACCAGUAGUAAGUACAAUGACAGUAUCCAGGCUUAUGCUGCUGGAGCAGUGGAGGCUGCCGUCACAUCUCAGCUCAUCUACAAGCACUGGAUGAACACACUGAUGGGUUACUGUGGGCCCUUUUCAAGCCAGACCGGUUACUGUGAGCGCCUCAAGGCUUUCAUCACAACCAAUCUGCAGUGGGUUCAAGACCAAAUAGAGACGCAUCCAAAUUCACCAUACUGGUACCAGGUGCGUCUGGCCCUGCUGCAGCUGAAAGGUCUGGAGGAUAGCUACAACGACGAGCUGUCACUUCCACUGGGGCCGUUCUCCUUCAAUCCAUUUGGUUUCCUUCUCUUCCAGCUGGGUGGGGAUCUUGAGGAUUUGGAAUCAGCUCUGAACAAAUCAAGCCAAAUGCGACCUCUUGGAUCGGGUUCCUGCUCUGCUCUCAUUAAGCUGUUGCCAAACAAUAAGGAACUGCUGGUGUCACAUGACACCUGGAACACCUAUCAGUCCAUGCUCCGAAUUAUGAAGAAAUAUAUGUUUGCCUUCAAAGUCUCUCCUUUAGACAAUUAUUUUCUUCCUGGGGGAAUUCAGGCUUUCUCAUCUUACCCUGGUUCUAUCUUCUCUGGAGAUGACUUUUAUAUCCUCAGUAGCGGCUUGGUUACAUUGGAAACUACUAUCGGCAACAGCAACCCUGCCCUCUGGAAGUUUGUGCAGCCUACAGGAUCCGUCAUGGAAUGGCUGAGGAACAUUGUGGCCAAUCGACUGGCUGUUACUGGCAAGGAAUGGGCCGAGAUAUUCACCAAGUACAACAGUGGAACGUAUAACAAUCAGUGGAUGAUUGUAGACUAUAAGUACUUUACUCCAGGGAAGACUGAUAUCAAAGAGGACCUCUUUGUUGUGUUGGAGCAGAUACCGGGACUUGUUGUUUACGCUGAUAAAACUCAGGAACUGCUGAAGAAUGGAUAUUGGGCCAGUUACAACAUACCAUACUACGAGAGCAUAUUUAAUGCCAGCGGCUGCAAUGAGCUUGUGGAGAAGUUCGGCCCCUGGUUCUCUCUGGACCAGAAUCCUCGGGCUCAGAUAUUCAGGAGAAACCAGACAGAUGUUACGGAUGUGGACUCAAUGGUUCGCCUCAUGAGGUAUAACAACUUCAAGGAAGACCCGUUAUCUAAGUGUGAUGGCUGUGAUCCUCCUGCCAAUGGAGAGAAUGCGAUCUCAGCUCGUUCGGACCUGAACCCAGCUAAUGGAACUUAUCCCUUUGGUGCCCUAAAGCAAAGAUCACAUGGUGGAACAGACAUGAAGUUGACCUCCUACGAGAUGUUCCGAGACUAUGGCAUGGUGGCAGUGAACGGGCCAACCUGGGACCAGGUGCCACCCUUCCAGUGGAGCACUUCCCCUUACAAAGACUUGAUGCACAUGGGUCACCCUGAUACUUGGGCAUUCAAACCUAUAAAAGUUAGCUGGACUUCCUAACUGUUAUUGCACUAUGUGUACAAGUAGCAUGAACAAAACUGUCAGCUGUGCUGUUUUAAGAUUUGACAAAGGGAAAUGACACUUAAAUUUAGUUUGACAUGAGUUUUCUGUCUAAUUUCAGCAUUGAACUCUUUGCAACAGAGAACCAGAAUUCUCACAAUCUUACUAAAAUGGGAGCUUCCACGUGUUGAGAUCAGAUUUACAUUUUUUGUUGUUGAUUUCUUAUGUAAAAUGUGUGAAAACUGCCUAUCUGAUAGUUUAGUAAUUUAUGGAAACACAACUUACUUUGGAGAAUCAGUACUGAUAUUGAUGCAGAUGCAGACUUUCUUUCACUGUUACCGCAAUUGAGUUAGAUAAUUUUGAGUAAUUCUGUUGUUAUGCAUUGUUUUAAUGAUCUAUUUUGAAAAAAUAUUUUCUCAAUAAAGUGCCCUGAUCAUUGUCCUUUUUUUAAUAUACAUUUAUGUCCUUGCUUGGUCUGUGUAAUGCGUGUAAGUUUGAUUUUACACAUUCAGUAAUAGAACAUUUGAAAAGAAUGUGUAAGUCAUAUUUUUAAAUUGUUCACAACUUACCCACCUUCAUCUGCUUCCUAACAAAUAUGUAUUUGAUUCUCUAUAUACAGUGCAUGGUUCAUAAGUAGUUGAUGGACGUUUCAAUGUACCUUUUAUAGGGGGAUGUCGGAUAAUCUCGAGUUACCGUAGUGUAGUUUGUAGUGUAUUGGCAAAUAAAUACAGCAGCUUCUCCCGGCAA